AGGUUUAGAGGGAUUAAGUGACGUACCUAAGGUCACACAGCUACUUAGUGGUGGAGCUAGAGUUGGAAUGCAGGCCUCUCUGACCGCAGAGCCCUUGUUCUAGACUGACGGGUGGAUGGAUGGCUGAAUAGAUGGGGGGAUGGGAGAGAGAGAGGAACUAAACAGAGAAGUCCAUGCCAGGGAGAUUGAAAUUCAUGCCAGGGCAACGGGAAGACACUGGAAGGCUGUAAGCAGGAGAGACAGGUCAGGUUAGGGAUUUACAAAGGGGACAGAUGGUUGAGAGCCAAUGACACUUGAGGCAGGAGGCCGUUUUUCUGGUAAAUCCCAGUUCCCACUUGUGGGGAGCUUCAUUUCUUUAAGCACCGAGUUAUUUCUCUUAGGGCAAGACAUGUUUUUGUGCACACAUGGGAUUACUGAUGGAGGGAAAUGCCGAGGAAGAGGGGCUCAGAGUCGGGAAGAGGAGACGAGUGGCAGAAUACUGCGAAGUUCUGGGGAGAGCCUGUCCUUGCAGGGGAGCACAGCACCAGGAAGGGAGGAGCCCCACAGCCCCACUCCCCAUUUCCAAGGUGACGGUGGAGAGGAACGGGCACUCAGCACUGAAGCAGAGCCCUGGAUAACUGUGACCUUGGAGGAAGGCUCCCCACCCAUCACUCAGCGCCAGCUGCAGCAGGUGAAGAGGGGCAAGGCGAGCCAGUUCUUCGGGCUGAUGGGGAAGCAGAUGGGAGGAACACCUCGGAUCCAGCCAGGGAGAAAAGCAGCACCAGGGUAUCAGUCGGAACAAACCGUGCCUGGCCUCCUGGGCAGGAGAAGACCGUCCACAGAAGGCAGAGAAGAUGAGGACCAAGGUUCAGAGUGAGAGCCUCCACUGUGCGCUUCUCAGAGGACGCCACCUCUCCCUACCUGGAUGUCACAGCUGACCAGCAGGCAGGCCAGAUCCCUUCUCUGUGUGUCUCCUGAUCUCAACACUGGCAUUUCACACGAGGCCCAAACUGAACUCAUGGGGCUUUCCCUGGGACUCUCAGUGUCAAGCAGCAGUUGUGCAUGAAUGCACAGUGGUCACCCUCUUUGCCCUCCUGCACUCAGAGCCCUCAUCUCACCGUGCAGCAGCAGCGAGCCUCACGCACUGUGUACCUCCCAUGCCCCGCACACAGGAGGGGCUCAAUAAAGGCGUGACCAGUGA